AUGUCGACAUCGUCUGCCUCGAACGGCCGAAUCGCCACACAUCCAUCGCCGUCGGUGGACUGGGAGAGACUCGGGUUCAAGGAGCGCGACGUCAACGGUCUCGUUCGCGUCACUUACAAGGACGGCAAGUGGGGCUCGCUCGAGAUCAGCAAGGACAACCACAUCAACGUACACGCCGCUGCUCCAUGCCUGAACUAUGGUCAGCAGGCUUUCGAAGGUAUCAAGGCGUUCCGAACAUCGACGGGAUCGGUCCGAGUGUUUCGACCCCACGAGAACUGGACCCGAAUGAAUCUCAGCGCUCAGAUGGCGUCCAUGCCUCAACUGCCCGAAGCGCUCUUUCUGCAAGCCAUCAAGGUAGCUGUAGCGCUCAACCUCGAGUUUGUUCCGCCUUACAAGAAGAAUGCUUCGGGGGGUGCACUCUACAUCCGCCCUCUGCUUCUGGCUACCGGUCCGAUGCUGAUGCUGGGCAGCCCGGACGAGUUUACCUUUUUGGUUUGGGUGACUCCUGUUGGCUCGCUGUACGGUAGCGGCGCCGAUAUUCCUGCUGUGGACGGAUUUGUGCUCGACACCUUUGACCGCACGGCUCCCAAGGGUACGGGUCACACCAAGCUCGGCGGCAACUACGCACCCGUGUUUGGUCCCACAGCCGCCGCUAAGAAGCAGGGAUACCCUAUCACGCUUCACCUCGACUCGGCCAGUCACACCUAUGUGGAUGAGUUUUCGACGUCGAAUGCACUGGCUGUGCAAAAGCAGGGCGACGAGAUCACGCUGGUUGUUCCCGACUCGACCUCGAUCCUUCGUUCGGUCACCAAGAUCAGCGUGCUCGAGAUCGCCGAAAAGCUCUGUGGAUGGAAGGUAGACCUGCGCCAGGUAGCCUUCGACGAGCUCAAGCAGAACAAAUUCGCGGAACUGAUGGCCGCUGGAACCGCAGCGGGUAUCACACCGGUGCGAUCCAUGUCGUACAACUCGCACAAGCCUCAGCUCGUCCACGAAAAGCUCUCGCCCGAGGGCCCCAAAUACACAUUCCCAUCGGAAAAUGAGGUAAAGCGCAUCGACUUCGGCGAUGGCAAGACGGCCGGUGAAUGUGCCCGAAGGUUGUUCGAUGAGCUUACCUCGUACCAGUGCGGUGACCAGCCAGACAAGUUCGGAUGGCUCUGGCCAGAGGAGGGCAUUGUUGCUGAGGAUGCCAGCGUUGCCGCUUAA